AAGGGGAGGCCAUUUUGUACAGAGGAGCGUCUGUACAUGUCUGUGUGUAUGUGUGUGUGUUUCUGUGUUCACGUCAGGAGCAGGAAGUGUGUGUGUGCGUGUGUGUGUGUGUGUGUGCGCGCCUUUGUGCCCGAGAUUGUGUUGGUGGGUCGAACUGUAGUAACAGCAGCACCCGUUUCUUCAUUUUCCUGUGCCUGCAUUGUUAUUUCACCUCGCCUCUCUUUCCCUCUGUGCAAUGGAUGGUGGGCACCUGGAGAGCCUCCUGUUUCCUCUUCCUCGUGUUGCCAUACUACCAUGAGCAGUUCCAGUCCAUCCACAGCUAAUGGCAACGACAGUAAAACGUAUAAAGGAGACCGAUCUCCCUGUGACCCCUCCCGUGUCCUCCACGUCCGCAGAGUUCCCAUCGAAGUGUCCGAGGCAGAAGUCAUCUCAUUAGGAAUUCCUUUCGGCAAAGUCACCAACCUGUUGAUGCUAAAAGGGAAAAACCAAGCUUUUAUAGAAAUGGCUUCUGAAGAAGCAGCCAUCACCAUGGUCAACUACUACACCGCAGCCACGCCCCACGUCCGCAACCAGCCUGUCUACAUCCAGUAUUCCAACCACCGCGAGCUAAAGACCGACAACCUGCCCAACCAGGGGAGGGCUCAGGCUGCUCUCCAUGCUGUCAACGCAGUGCAUUCUGGGAACAUGACUUUGUCUGGGUCUGCGACGGCCAGUGACGGUGGCUUGAUGCCUGGACAAAGUCCUGUGCUUCGCAUCAUAGUGGAGAAUCUCUACUACCCUGUAUCUCUAGAAGUGCUACACCAGAUCUUCUCAAAAUUUGGGACGGUACUGAAGAUUAUUACCUUCACCAAGAACAACCAGUUUCAGGCCUUGCUGCAAUACUCAGAUGCAAUGAACGCACAUCACGCCAAAAUGGCUUUGGACGGGCAGAACAUCUACAACGGCUGCUGCACGUUGCGUGUGGAAUUCUCCAAGCUGACCAGUCUGAAUGUGAAAUAUAACAACGACAAGAGCAGGGACUUCACACGGCUGGACCUUCCCUCAGGGGACGGACAGCCCACGCUAGACCCCACCAUGCAGACGGCUUUCGGUGUGUACGCAGGGGCUCCUGGGAUAAUUUCCUCUCCAUACCCCGGGGCUGGAUUCGCACCCGCUAUUGGUUUUCCUCAGGCAGGUCUGUCCAUGCAGACGAUGCCUGGUGCUCUGGGACCUCUGACCAUCCCUUCAUCCGCAAUGACAGGAAGGAUGGCCAUCCACGGCAUGGCCCCCACCGCCAUCCACUCUGUUCUCCUCGUCUCCAACCUCAACCCUGAUAGUAUAUCCCCACAUGGACUCUUCAUUUUAUUCGGAGUCUACGGAGAUGUUCACAGGGUGAAGAUUCUGUUUAACAAGAAAGAGAAUGCUUUAAUACAGAUGGCCGACGCCACACAAGCUCAGUUGGCCAUGAGUCAUCUGAACGGUCAGCGUCUGUACGGUAAGGUGAUCCGUGUGACCGUCUCAAAGCACCAGACGGUUCAGCUCCCCAGGGAGGGUCAGGAGGAUCAGGGCCUGACUAAAGACUUCAGUGGGAGUCCACUCCAUCGCUUCAAAAAACCCGGCUCCAAAAAUUUCCAGAACAUCUUUCCCCCCUCCGCCACUCUGCACCUGUCGAACAUCCCGCCCUCCACCACAGAUGAUUUUCUGAAAGACCUGUUUGCCAGUUCUGGGUACACAGUCAAGGCCUUCAAGUUUUUCCAGAAGGACCGCAAGAUGGCACUGAUUCAGCUGGGAUCGGUGGAAGAAGCCAUCCAGGCUCUCAUCGACCUCCACAACCACGACCUGGGAGAAAACCACCACCUGCGAGUGUCCUUCUCCAAAUCCACCAUCUAACGCCCCCUUCACAAACAAACCCUCUCCCCAUUUCUCCCCAUUCCAGCCCAUUUAACUUCACCGGACGGACCGUUUCCUCGAGCGAAACUCCAACCGGAACUCGAUAACAUGACAGACAUUAAUGGGGUAGUUUUAGAGAUUUUCCCCCAAAAAGUAAAAAAACAAAAAAAUAAAAUGACAGACUACUGCAGAACUUUGUGGCUGAGAGGGUUCAACUCUCAUGCAACCAGGGCUGGAGACACACGGGAUGUCCGUGACCAAGCUUGAUGUUCCCGGUAGCUUCAAGGAAGUAAACCCUCGUGUUUCGACAUACGCCGAGGAAGCUCUUCGUAUCUCAUGGAAAGCAUUGGAGACUGACAGCUCCUGUAGCCCAAUGGCCUUGUGACCCCCUGACCCGAGUGAGGGCGGAGCCUCUUCCUCUGUGCCUCCCCUGACACCCUCGCUCUCAUUGGCGGUUUCGACGGAGCGCUCCACUCUGCAUUUCCCGUAGAACACGUUGGAUGCAAAAAGGUCACCGUGUGAAUGUCGAUGACGUCUUUACAAGGUGCUGCUGGAAAACGAAAUCUGUAGCGACGGGCUCGUCCUUUUCCUCUGAGUAGCAUUAAAACACGAGUGCUAGGGAGAACGAGUUGAUUUAAAAUUCAAACGCAACAAAGCCUUUUGUUGUUUCUCGGUCGAUUUGAAUUGUAGACAGGCACCACGGGGAAUGUUGUAAGCAUAUUUGUUUACUGCGCAAAGACGAAUAGCCAGACAGUAAGCAUCUGUGAAUAGAUAGUGAAUGGCGUGAUUUGUUCUUUUUUCCUCGUUUAAUGGAAAUUUAUAUUGGACAGACUAGCCUUUCAUGGGCUCUCUGCACCUGCGAUGCUGUCAGAGCACGUCUCGACCGCGUGUCCCGUCAAUCGGGUUCAUCUGAACCGGCGAGACCUUUUGUGAAACACGCAGGAUCAUUCCGGAAAUUUUACGGCCAGCUGUCAAUCCUACUGGAACACUCCAAUCAGCAACGCCCAGCCUGAUGGGAGGCCCCGCCUCCUCCCAAGUGAAAUUCUGAAUGUGAAUGGUGUAGCCCGUGAUCUAGUUGGGAAAUGAUUUCCUACAUACUGUUCCCCCUUUUCUCUUAUUAGACCAGUCUUUCUCUAUCCAUUCGUUCUGUUUUUCUUCUUUCCACACGGGGGCAGAGGAUGGUUCUGCGCUCGUUCUUCUGUUCUUCACUCAUUGGCUCUGUUUGCAGCGGUACGGGCUUUGCAGCAACAACCGUCGCAGACGCUCUCUUUUGCCUUGCAGUCCCAGACUAAAUGCCUCAUAUGAGCAAACCAAAUAUUACGAAAGUGUAAGACAUUCGCUCUGUUCCAAAAUCUAGUGAGCUGACUCACUGUCUGCCGCCUACGUAGGCAGCUGCCUUCUUAGGGCACGUCCUAGCCAACAUUAAACCUCUAAAGUAAACUAAGUGUGCGUCAUUUAAACAAAUAACGCGCCUCCCGGAUGCCAUUACAAUUUUCAGUUGAUAAAAAACAUACAUUUUUUAACAUUUUGUUCUCUAAAACAAUGAAGUGAGAAAAGAACAGCGUCGUUUGAUAGUCAUUACUUUAGUUAAAGUGAAUGUAACUGUUUCUACAACAUAUAUUUACUAUGGUACUGUGAAUUCUUAGGUUACUUUUGCAUCUACUAUGAGCUGAAUUCAUGUGUGAAUAAAUGACUGUAAAUGACUAUUAACAUUCAUUUACUUGUAAGUAAAUAUAUAUAUCCGACUGUUUUCCGAUAAAAAUAUGAUUUCUAUAAAAUUUUGUUGAAAAGCACACAGGAUUUGUAUAGUCUUAAAUUAGAAAAGAGCUAAAGGGCGCAGCAUUGGUCAGUAGUGCUUUUAAGGCGGGGCUUAGAAAACGGUUAGUUGUUUCUAGUAGAAUUUGACCAGAUAUUUUCACCCCAAAAUUAGUUUACAAAAUUAUUUGUUUUCUUUCUAAAUUUACUAUUUGGAGUUAUUAUUAACAUUAACAUUUAUAGCUUAUUAACAUUUUUAUUUCCUGGAAAAACUAUAUAUGCUUUGGAUUCAUUUUAAGAAAAUGAAAACUGAUGAGACAAAGAGGUCUUUUAAUUUUUAUUUGUUUUAGUUGUUUUUUUGUCUGCGUAACUGGCAAAACAAUAACAGUCACUUGGAUAUUUUGCGCCAUUACUGAAAUGAAUGGCACAAAAUAUAUAAAAACCAACAUUUAUUUUCAUUAGAACUGAUUUUUUUGAACAUUUAACUACAACAAACCUUGAAUGACAAUAUAAUUAGACAAAAAUUAAAUCAAGAUUAUGUACCAUUUAAUAGGUCAUCAUAAAGUUUUACACUUUUUUGUUUUUAAUGUUUCAAUAAAGUGUCACAUAGAUUUUUUUUAUUUGGCACAAUUUAAAGAAUUUUUGCAUUUAUGUUACCAACAUUUAUCUCAACUCAUUCACCCUCUUGGAUGAGUUGGAUCGCAAUGCAUUCUGGGAUUACCUUCUUGCAAAAAGAAACAUGCGCCGUUGCUAGAUUCUGGCCUGGACGCUGUAUCAUAGCAGGCAGUGUAACGUGGUCGCCUACCGUUUAAAAUGCACUUAUGAUGCCUUAACAUGCUUCGUAGGUAGGCAGCUCACUAGAUUUUGGAACAAGUGUGCACAUACAGAAACUUUGCAAUUUUGCGCGCGCGCAUGUGUGUGUAUGUGCAGUUGUGCCAGCGGCUGCACCAGGACUGCCUGAGAUACAAGCGAGGUGUUAUCUCAUUUCACAAAGAUCAGGCCUUAACAUUCCAAUGAGGGUCACCGUUGACCCGUUGAGUAGCAUCUAAAGAGAGCAGCUUUUUUGCCUCUGUCCAUCAUUUACACAGCAGUCCAUUAAAAAAACAAUCAGCAUAGUGUUCACGUGAAUGCAAGGCAAGCGACAGCGUCCUUUUUCUAUUGGACGGGUUUCACCCGAAGCGUUUUGAAACUUUGCUUUCACUUCUCAAAAGAAAUCGAAUUUUGUUGAAGUUUACAGUCUUAAAGCAACUAUUCAGGUCUGUAUAUCUUAAGGAUUGUCAAGAUUUUUUCAAGAAAAAAAAGUUACUUAUUUUUGGUAAUUUGUUCUUUUUUAUGGAAGAGGAAAAAAUCAAAUUUGAAACCUCGUCGGGUUUUUGUACCACUAUAAUCAUUCAAGAAAUCAUGGUGAAAAAAAAUCAUAUUUACUGUGUAUUUACCUAAUUUCUUAUUCCGUGCCUUAUUAUGUGUUUCAUAAUCCAAUAGGUUUUAGAGAUUUGACCUGAAAUAUCUUAUGUACUAUUUUGUGGGAUUGGUGAAAGGGUUGAUUUUAUUUGAUCUUUAUUUUGAUUCGUUUUGUUGUGUAGCUCUCAUAGAUGUGUAUUUUGUGGGGAUUCAGUACCAUGUGGUCUUAAUAUGAUGUGCGACGUAAGUUAUGAUGUAUGGUGCUGUGAAUGCUCUUUUCAUUUUUCUCGGUUAGAAAAAUGAAGGGUGAACUCAAAUGUUCAGAGUAUAUGCUGUGGGCCUCCAUUCUCCUCACUGCUGUGAGCAUGUGUGUGUGUGUGUGUGUGUGUGUGUGUACAGGUGUUUGCUUUGUUGCGUACCGUUGUUACAUGCGGACUUCGUGGGCUGAAAAAAUCCUCCCAACUUUGAAAUCAGAGCUUAUGGAGGUUGCUGUAGACUUGCAUAUUUGUAUGAUUGAUUAUGUGAUAAUGCUGUGAUGAGCAUAUCUGUGACGUUUUGUGUCGGAAAAUUCAACGACACUUUUAAAAGCAUCUUGAAUUAUGUUAUCUGAAUUUACUUAAGCAUCACACUUUGAAUCGAACAUCUACACUGUAAAACUUUGCUGCAGUUUUUUCAGCAGGUUUGCCAGUACCUUACUGUAGAUUUAAUUACUACUUAAUAUACAUUCCAAUUAGUACUGUUUUCAUUUACUUUAAUCAAAAUUAAAACACUUUGACUUUUGAGGUUCAAAAUGAGCAAGAAGAGAAUGGCAUUAGCACAGCAACACUGCAACAAAUGACAUUGUUCCUAAGCAUUUUUCUCUUGUUUUCUGUAAAAAAUAUUUAAAACUGAUUAAAUUACGAUACAUUUACAUAACAAGAAAACUGACCCAAGAUAUUUAGUCUUGUUUUAUGAAAGAAAAAUAUAUAACCUAGGUAAGUUUAUGCUUAAUUAUUUAAUUGUACAUUAAAUUUACAGUAUGUUACUGGCAAACCUGCUGCGAAAUUACAGCAAAGUUUUACAGUGUAGUCAACAAAGAUACAGACCGACUUGAAUGGCUUUUCCAAAAUUCUGUAGUUAUUUAUUAGUAUUUAUAUAAAACACUUUCAAGAUGCAAUGCAGCGUUUGUUGCUUUUCAUGAAAUUGCGAGAAAAAGCCGUUUCACACCAAGAACAAUAAAAAUGUCGAGAACUUUAAAGAUUUGAAAAUAAUUAUACAUUUAUAAGAAUCACACCAAAACUAUCAUUUACAAGAGGAACAAUAUCAAUGGGAUCUUUUUCAGACGUUUUUUCCAACUGAUGAACGAUAAAAUCACAUCCAGUCAGAAUCCAUUUCAAUUUAAACGGCCCCGCGCAUUUAAAAUAAUAGUAAAACUGCAGAGCGCGAGCUUAGAAUAAAUGUAACGUUCUCGUUAUGUGAACAGGACAUAAAUGUGUUGACUAGAAAAUUUACAGAAAUUCAAAGAGUCUGGGAACCUUAACAAUGUCUGGAAAAAAAUAUUCUAAACUGAUCAUUUUUAAACAGUUUUCGUGAAACUGUCUUAAUCAAUCUAAAUAUCAAAAGUGCUUAAAGAGAGACCGAGAAGCCCACAGCAUCCACUCUGACAUUUUGCGAUUGAGCGACAAUGAUAUGCCUGAGAUCUCCAAUUGUGUGUUUUGAAGUUGUUAUGCUUAUUUGCUGUAUCUUAUAAUUGAUUAUUUUUAAGGGGUUUCAUUCUUGCUGUUGCGAUACUUAUUUGUAUUAUUCUUUCAUUUGUUUGUUGUUUUUCUUUAUUUGGAGUGUGAAAACUGGUUCAAGAUUGUUGUCUGUCACUCUGCCUGUUCACAACAGCAGUUCUGAGUCUGUAGUGUCCACUGAUGCAUGCGCAGGGGAGCGAGAAAAGCUCCCAUCACUAAAGGUCAGGUCCAUCGUAAGCGUCGCGAAGUUGAAAUAUACACGCGGCCGUGCGGCACAACGACCGCGAAUCCGGCUGCAACGCUUUUUUAUUUAUGAACAGGAGAAAAGCCAGUCUCCAUAAACGCAUCACAGAAGUCAGACGACGCCUCAUAACGUUUAUUUUCGAUCCAUGUCUUGACUCAGGCAACCACGUUCCGCCAUGUCCGACACGUUUUUUUUUUGUCACGGUCACUCAGACAGUUACAUGUAGUUUUUUUCCAGGUUUUUUACUACAAAAGUCACAAAUAAUGCAGGACCAAAGUUUAUGUGCCUUUCAUCUAGCUUAUUUGUAACUUAUUUCCUGGCAGUAUAUCAGAAAACGUCAAACUUGUAGUUUCCGCUUUCGGUCAUUGCUACGAGAAAUGCGUGUCCCGCUGUAUGUAUACGUUUAUGGUUUCGCUCAAAACUCAGACGGUCAAGCCAUAUCCCUCGCAAACUAGGCUCAUGUACAACACUGAAUGUGUUACGUGGCCCUUAUCGAUUCAUUUGAACAGCCUCACGCUUUAAGUAUUUCAUAAACGGAUUCGGGUAGUUCACAAUCUUGACGAGAACUUCGGAUGACAAGGCACAGUUUCGUUAUAUUUCUUCAUAAAUACCAUAACAAAGCUUUACUCGGAAAUGUGUAAGACCAUAAACCUCUCGAAAAACCAAAGGACUUGAAUUGGAGACAAUGCUGCACUAUUUAGAUGCAACAGAAAUAGUUUACUGUUCAUUUUAUUGCUGUAUUACGACCCUUACAAUCUAAACUUCAAAUUUCAGCCAUGAUGCUUUCUAUUUUCUCAUGUACUAAAUUGUUCUGUGUAAUUUGCAUUAACGGGAGGGGAUAAAUUCAAUUAGUUAACUGAGGCGUCAUUCAAACGCAAGGCGCGUGCAAAAGUGCCCGAGUCCACCUCAGGACGUCCGACACGCGACGACUUAGCUAAUUUAUAGUUUUUAAUGAAUGUUUCACUACCAAAAUAAAACAAAUGCUGUACAUAUGUGUUCCCUUUUAUUUUAUUUUUGUUACCUGGCCAAAAAAAGGUUUCGGGGAACAAGAUACCGACACACCGAUAUGAGCUGGUUUUUAUAUUUAUGGAUAUGAACAGGAAAACACCAAUUUUCUUCUGUAUUUUGAUAUCAUACCAGUACCAGCUUUUAUUUGUAAAGCAGUUCAUGUGACGUGUGAGAACUUGGGGUGAGACAGGAGUGUAUCCAGUUUAUGGGUUUGAUGUAAUAAAUGCAAAUAGAAGAUAAACUAUUAAAGAAACAUAUUUUCUAAUUUCUGCCGUGCAUGAUUGAGUGGAGAUUUGAUUUGUAUUUUUUGUAGAAAGUAUUUCUUCUUCUGUUUAUGAAUGGCUUAUUAUUAUUAUGCAUAAUCAUUAUUAGAAUUAUUAUUAAUGCCCACCCAGAGUCUCUGCUGACGUUUUCCUAAUCGACUUUAAUUGUAGCAUGCCUUGAAUAAAUGUCAUGACACCUGUA